AUGCCAGCCUUCCUCGACAAGAUCAAGAACGUCGUCGCGCCCAACCACGAUGAGGGCGACCGCGGCCGUGCGAGCCACGCCCCGGCUCACGGCUCGCACCUCAACCCUGCCAACGCCGACCAGCCGCACGGCGCCGAGCCUCGCGGCCGCAACCUCACCGCAACCGGUCGCGGUGGUGCCGGCAACAUGAGCCGCUCGCGCGUGCGCGACGGGUCGCAGCCGGCCGAGUCGCCCGCCGACGUCGAGGCGGCGCGCUCUCGCUCGCGGUCGCGCGCCCGGGCGCACCACCACGGCGAGGACUACCCGGUCCCGAUCGGGCGCGGCGGGCUCGGCAACGUGCGCGGCGAGAGCAAGGACGCGAGGAGCCGUGACCGCGAGCGUGAGCUCGAGGCGCAGGACAAGCGGGUCGAGGCUGCGUUUGCCGAGAAGCACAAGGACGACAAGUGGCUCAGCGGCAGGGGCGGCGCGGGCAACACGGCUCACGGCGACGAGGGCCCACAGGUCCACAAGUAGCGCCGUUGCCGUUCCUAUCUCGCUCGAGCCCCCUUCGUCCUCCCCCUCGUCUUUAAUCUGCUCUCGCCCUCCCGUCUUGUCGCUACCCGUAGCCGUCGUGCAGUCCCUUGUCCUAUCGAACUCUCUCUUUCUCC